CAAGUUUGAGACAAAAGGGAAUAAGUACUUGAUAGUUAUUGUAACCAUCAACUCUCCAUUUUUAUUCUUGUUCAGUUCUUGAUCAUCAUAAAUACACACACUUUCCUUCAUCAUUUCUAUAGUCUCUGCAUAACAAAAAUAGAUUGGUAUACUUUGAUAUAGUCCAAUGAGCUCCACAUAUUAUGUUGCACCUAAGGUUUGCUUGAGAGAUCAGAGCAAUGGAAAGGUUGUCACGUUCUGGAAUGGUAUCAGAGCUGAGGCAACAGUGACUGUUCCAACUAGAAAAAUCGCGACAAAGUUCACAGAGCUAUCGGUACAGAGCAUUCCUCAUAGUGAUCUGCAUAUAAAUGAGAUUGUGAAGAGGCAGACUAAAAGGUCCUUUGCAUAUCAGUCUUGUCGGAAGCCACAAUUUGAUCCUGCUUUCUUGGAAGAGGCUUAUGAGCAGUGCAAGAAUUUGUGUUCUGAAUAUGCAAAGACUUUCUAUUUAGGGACUUUGUUAAUGACAAAGGAAAGACAGAAAGCUAUAUGGGCAAUCUAUGUGUGGUGCAGGAGGACAGAUGAGCUGGUGGAUGGUCCAAACGCAGCAUAUAUGAGCUCUUCGGUUCUUGAUAGAUGGGAGGAAAGACUAUAUGACAUCUUCAAUGGAAGACCCUUUGACAUGCUCGAUGCUGCACUGUCCGAUACAGUUCAAAAUUUCCCCCUAGACAUUAAGCCUUUUGGAGACAUGAUAGAAGGCAUGAGGAUGGACACAAGAAAAACUAGAUACAAGAAUUUUCAAGAAAUCUACCUUUAUUGCUACUAUGUGGCCGGAACAGUUGGCCUAAUGAGUGUUCCUGUUAUGGGUAUUCCACCUGAAUCUACAGUUCCCGCGCAGAGUAUAUAUGAUGCAGCCUUGUAUUUAGGCAUUGGCAAUCAACUUACAAACAUUCUCAGAGAUGUUGGUGAAGAUACACUGAGGGGGAGAAUUUAUCUUCCACAAGACGAACUAGAGCAAUUUGGAAUAACAGAGGAAGAAGUGUUUUCGAGGAAAGUGAGUGACAAAUGGAGAGAAUUCAUGAAAAUGCAGAUCACAAGGGCCAGAUAUUAUUUCAACCAAGCUGAAGAAGGAGCAUCUCAGCUCGACAAAGAUAGUCGAUGGCCGGUUUGGUCAUCUCUAAUGUUGUACAGGGAGAUUCUUGAUGCCAUUGAAGACAAUGACUUUGAUAAUUUGACAAAGAGGGCUUAUGUUGGGAGGACUAAGAAGCUCUUGAUGCUGCCACUUGCAUACACCAGAUCACUAUCCAUCUCCCACUUCAUGUCUGGGAGGACUAAUGUGAUGUUAUAACUUAUAACUUUUUUUAAACAAUGUUGUGUUAUAACUUGUUAUAAUCAGGUUGUAGAGCUGUGGGAUAUGUUAGGCUACUCUCAAACUCCAUUUUAAAUCAUUAUAUUAUCAUCAUUCCCCUUUUAUAAUUAAUUUUAUAAUUACUUCUUCUAAA